GACAACACUGGCUGUCAGUGUCACUCAUCGAUUGCUGUCAGUGUGUCCAGAAAAAACUCGGUGCAGUGAAGAAAUAUAUUUGAUGUGCAAAUUGCUAAAAAUUAGCAAAAUUGCACAAGAUUUUGCCAAUAUCAAUUAAUAGUGCAUGCCGGUUGCAUUUAUAUGGAGAAGCUAAUAAAAAUCGCUUAAAAAGCACAUAUCGUGCGUAUUCAAUCAACUGAAAACGUCGUAUUUUGUGGGGUAGGAGGUGUGACACGAUUUCAAGAAAGGUACCACGAAGAAAAAAACUAUUAACGAGGAACGAAUUAAAAGCGAACACAAAUAAAAGAUACGCCUUAAAACAACAAGGAAACUUAUCAACUGACUAACCGACAUUUCUACCAGCCAACCAUAAGAGAGAGCGAGUAUAAGCUUUGGAAAACUUCAAAUUGAAAUUAUUAAAGGAAAAAUAAGUAUAAAUAAAAAUAAGGGGUUUUGAGAAACAGUGACAGCAAACGCAAUUACGACAGAAGUCGCUGAAGCAGUGAACGCGCCCUGCACAUUCGCUCUCCAAUGUCAAGCGGCCAAGUAAACGUCGGCAGCGACAGCAAUGGAGCAGGCGGCGGCAGUGGUAGCGGUGGUGGAGGGGCCAACACAGCAGCACAAACGGCGCCACAGUCGCAACAACAGCAGCAACCGCCACCACAAAUCAUUGGCGCUUCAACGACAACCGUCACUGCAGAUUCAGUCAAUAUGGCUGCGGAUUCGUCACCGCGUGAGUCAGGCGAUGACUCGGAGGAUGAAAGUGAAAUCCUUGAAGAGUCGCCAUGCGGGCGUUGGUUGAAAAGGCGUGAAGAGGUUGAUCAACGUGAUGUGCCCGGUAUCGAUUGUGUCCAUCUGGCUAUGGACACUGAGGAGGGUGUAGAGGUUGUUUGGAAUGAGGUGCAAUAUGCUAAUUUGCAGGAGCUUAAGUCGCAGGAAGAUAAAAUGCGGCAAGUAUUUGAUAAUCUGCUGCAAUUAGAUCACCAAAAUAUUGUCAAAUUCCAUCGCUAUUGGACGGAUACACAGAAUGCAGAAAGACCACGAGUCAUAUUCAUAACAGAAUACAUGUCAUCGGGGUCUCUGAAACAGUUCCUCAAACGCACUAAACGCAAUGCUAAACGUUUACCAUUGGAGGCGUGGCGUCGCUGGUGUACCCAGAUUCUGUCCGCGCUCAGUUACUUGCAUUCCUGCACACCGCCUGUCAUACACGGCAAUCUCACCUGUGAUAGCAUUUUUAUUCAGCAUAAUGGUCUGGUGAAAAUCGGUGCCGUUGUGCCCGAUGCGGUACACUACAAUAUGCGUCUGCAUCAUCGAAGUGAUCAAAGCGAGACGCAUCAUUUUAUGGCCCCCGAAUAUGGGGCUGCCGAGCAGUUGACUGCCGCUGUCGACAUAUAUGCCUUCGGUAUGUGUGCAUUGGAAAUGGCUGCUUUGGAAAUCCAACCAAGCGGCCCUGAAACGAGUUCUAUCAGUGAAGAAACGAUAUUACGAACAAUUAAUAGCCUGGAGCAUGACUUGCAGCGCGAUUUAAUAUUCAAGUGCUUACGCCGGAAUCCUGCGGAGCGCCCAAGUGCCAACGAUUUACUCUUUCAUCCUUUACUCUUCGAGGUGCAUUCACUUAAAUUGUUGGCCGCUCAUUGUUUGGUAUUUUCACCCAAAAAUCGAACUUUGUUUUCGGAGACUGUCAUAGAUGGCAUGAUGCAACGUUAUAAUCGGCCUGAAGUGGUCAUGGCCCGUGUGUCAUAUGGCGGAGAGGAAAAGGACUAUAGUCUUUCAGACGUGCCCUCAGCAGACAAACUGGAAAAAUUCGUAGAAGACGUUAAAUAUGGUGUCUACCCUUUGACUGCGUUAGGUGGUAAAAAACCACCACACUUUCGGUCGCGCGCCGCUUCCCCAGAAUGUGCUGACUCUGUUAAAUCGGCUACGCCUGAGCCGGUGGAUAUUGAGUCACGUCGCAUUGUAAAUAUGAUGUGCAGCGUUAAGAAAUUAAAGGAAGACAGUAGCGAUAUCGCAAUGACGAUACUGCUCCGUAUGGACGACAAAAUGAAUAGGCAAUUGACAUGUCAGGUUACGGAAGAAGAUUCGGCUUCCGAUCUCACUAAUGAAUUGGUGCGUCUCGGCUUCGUGCACAUCGAUGACAAAGAUAAAAUACAAGCAUUAUUAGAGGAAACCUUACGUGGUAGCUUUGCUGUGAACGCUGGCGGUGUUUGCCCCUUUGAGCAGGGUGCACAAGCGCUUACCUUUAGCGCUACUAUAAAUGAGCAUAUGCCUGGAGGAGCUGGUGUAACAAUUGGUGCAAGCGGUACUGGUGGCUCUUCCAGCAAUUUUGGUGCGAUUGGUAUGGCUGCUACUGGUACUGGUAUUGCUAAUAGCGAAAGUAGAGUGAAUAUGCAAUCAAAUCUCGAUGUAAAACCAGCAACGACAGCAACUUUGGCAGCGCUUAAUCAGAUGGAACGUAAUUGGUCAGUUGCAGAUAUGGAUCCUAAUGCAAUAAUGGCAAAUCCCAGCUUACAAGCGGCAACGAUGGGUGCCGAAAUCGCGGCAACAAUGUUUCACAUGCAACAACAACAAUUACAGGAGCAACAACAUGCUCAAACUUUUCCGCCGCCGAUGCAAUUGCAUAUAGAUAUGCCGCUUCAUCAGCAACUUCAAGCGCAGCAGCACAUUCAGCAUCAUGUGCUAAACACUUCGACGCCACCAACUGGAGCACUGCCACCAUCAUUUACAACCCAUGCACAACAACAAAUAAUGCAAGAUCAGGCACCACUACAGCAACAUAUAGAUGUUUCAGCAAUGCCCCCUACGGUUACAUUGAAUAGCAUAAAUGCACCACAAAUACAUUAUACACACGCUCGGCAACAAAUUAUACAAUCUUCCAAUCCAACAGAAACAAUUGCAAAUGUGACCUCUGCCGCUCCACCAACAACAGUAAUCGCCACAAACGCCUCGACCUCUUCAGCCUCCCCAGCCUCAACAAUUAUCAAUUAAUAGUAUUUUUUUUUUUGAAAUAUUUAAUAACGGUAAUAUUGAUGUUCAAAAAACUGAAGAGUAGUAGAAGUACAUAGAAUUAUGGAUGAAAAAUAGAGUGAAAAUCUAUAUUUUUAAAUUGCUAAUAAGAGAAAUGGCGCCACAAUGGGUGGCGCAUGUCGUGCUGCAUAUUAGACAUUUAGUCAGACAAUUGUUUUUUGUUUUAUAAUUGUUCAUUUCAUGUAUAAUGAUUAUGGAUAUUUUUAUAUAGUACACUAAAAGAGAAAUAAAGUUUUUAAUUAUAUUUCGAAAAUGAUAGAAUAAAAAAUCAAAAUGACUAAUAAAAAAAUAUAAAAUAAACAGAUGGCAAAGACAAACGAAAUAAUAUGCAGAAUGUGCAAAUAAAAGAAAUUAAUUGUAAUAGAAUAUAGUAAAAAAAAAAAUUGUAUAAGGCUUCCAAGAAGGAAGACGCGUGCGUAACGGAUAUUUGAAGAAUAACAGAUAUUUUGGCGCAGGUGGGCUAAGAGAGUUUUCGGUCUCAUAUUAGUAUAUGUUGAGCUGGUCAAAGAAAAGUGCAUGGAAGAGCAGGAAUAGUCUCUGCAUAUAUAUAGCACAUACAUACUAUGUGUUAUAUGUUGGUGCUCAUAUGUAUGUAUAUAUGUAUACAUAAUUGCCCAGCUUGUGUCCAUUUGUUGCCAUUCCGACCGCAAUGUCCACACUUGUACAUAAAUAUAAUGCUUGUUAUUGAAUGAAAAUGAUGGAUCUGAAAGGCUUAAGGCUGCAACUGAGCGAAUCAGUUCAUCAAUAUGAAAAUCGCAUAGGCAAAAGCUUAUCUAAUAAUAUAUUUAUUGUAUUUGAAAAUUUAAAAACACUGUAAAAGUCAAAACAAAAAACAACAAUAAUGUCUAAAAUCUAAAUACAUAAUAAUUAAAAAUAAACAAAAGACGCAUGCUCACAAGACACUAAACUACCGUACAUACAUAUGUACAUGCAUUCAUUUAUAUAAUAUAUGUUUAUUUAAAUACAAUACACUGGACACUUGACACGAUAAUAACGACAUAUUAGUGUUUAAUAUGCUACACAAGCGAAAUUCAAAUAAAUCGAUAAUAAUCAUAGUGAAACGCUUCAUAAAUAUUAUAACACAUACAUACAUACAAUGAAAAUCACAUAAAAGCAUCAAGCAAAUAAACGUAUGCAAUUUUCAUAUAAUGAAAAUCUAUGCAUGAGAAAAAGAUA